AUGAGCGCGGCGUUGCUCCGGAGUCGCGCGGACGGCCCCACGCUGCGUUCAAUUGGACUUUUAUCGGCUCGAUUGAAUAGCACAAGGGCACCUUUAACUACUAGGUUUCCUCUUACACGUUCAUUGAAUACCGUUCCUCGCCGCCCCCUGCCACGCCAUGCUUUCGGCCCAGCCUCGCAAGCGUUGAUUGCGAUUCGAUUGAAGUCCGAUAAUGCCGCCGAGAAAUCCAAGCCCACUAGACCGUCGCGUGUUAUGAAAAUUAUCGGCAAGACAUUCUCCUACUGUGGUGUUCUGUUCGCUGGCGCUACAAUUUGGGUUGUCGCAUUCUUUAUUUACGAUGCCAGUACAUACCGUGAAACGCCAACUGCGGAGGACAUACCUGUAUCGGAAUUGGCGUUGAACCCUCGCCUGGGAGGCCCCAAGAAUCUGCCUAUUGCUGAUUUCCUAGUCGGAGAUUAUGACUCUGACUCAAUGCUUGAGCAGAAGGACAAGCCUCGCUUGGUGAUUUUGGGUACAGGCUGGGGCAGCAUUGCGUUGCUGAAGAACUUAAACCCCGGCGACUACCAUGUCACAGUCGUUUCUCCUACGAACUACUUCCUUUUCACCCCCAUGCUGCCCUCUGCUACAGUAGGCACUUUGGGUCUUCGCUCGCUUGUGGAACCAGUCCGCCGCAUCAUUGAUCGCGUGAACGGUCAUUUCUUGAAGGCCGAGGCUACGGAUGUUGAUUUCUCAGAGAAGUUGGUGGAAGUGUCACAGGUUGAUAAGGAUGGCAAGAAAAGGAAUUUCUAUCUUCCAUACGACAAGCUUGUUGUUGGUGUCGGCUGCGUCACAAAUCCUCAUGGUGUCAAGGGUCUCGAGAACUGCAACUUCCUAAAGACGAUUGACGAUGCUCGUCGGAUCAAGAAUCAAGUUCUAGACAAUAUGGAGUUGGCCUGUCUGCCUACCACUUCUGACGAGGAGCGCAGGCGUCUUCUCUCAUUCGUGAUUUGUGGUGGAGGUCCGACUGGAGUUGAGUUUGCUGCCGAAUUGUUCGAUUUACUGAACGAGGAUCUGCUGCAUUCGUUCCCCAAAAUUGUUCGGAAUGAGAUUUCCGUGCAUAUUAUCCAGAGCCGAACUCAUAUCCUGAACACUUAUGACGAGGCACUUUCCAAAUAUGCCGAGGUAAUUUUCCCUGCGAGAAAAAUACAAUUGAAUGUAAAUAAUACUAACAUCAUCCAGAGCCGCUUUGCCCGUGACGGUGUUGAAGUACUAACCGGUGCUCGUGUUAAGGAGGUCAAGAAUGACCGUGUUCUUUUCAGCCAGAUGGAAGAUGGCAAAGAAGUCGUCAAAGAGAUCCCUACUACAUUCUGUCUGUGGUCUACUGGAGUUGCCCGCGCAAAGAUCUGCGAAACGCUGUGUGACAGACUUGACGGCCAAAACAACAAGCACGCCAUCGAAACCGACUCGCAUCUCCGUGUAAUUGGGGCGCCAUUAGGAGACGUUUACGCCAUCGGUGAUUGUUCUACCGUUCAAAACAACGUCGCCCAGAACAUCAUCCGCUUCCUCCGUACCAUUGCCUGGGAAAAGGGCCUCGACCCAGAGAAAGUACACCUCACUUUCUCUGAAUGGCGCGACGUUGCCAACAGAGUGAAGAAGCGCUUCCCACAAGCCUCGAGCCAUCUGCGCCGCGUGGAUAAACUCUUCGAGCAGUACGACGCCGACCACUCAGGAACCCUUGACUACGGCGAGCUCUCUGAGCUCCUCCACCAGAUUGACACGAAAUUGACCUCCCUUCCUGCGACUGCCCAGCGUGCUAACCAGCAAGGUGUCUACCUGGGCCGCAAGUUGACUAAGAUCGCCUCCGCGCUGCCCGGUCUCAGAGCCAACGAGAUUGAUUACGGUGACCUGGACGAGGCUGUCUACCGUGCUUUCAAGUACAAGCAUCUGGGCAGCCUGGCCUACAUCAGUAACGCUGCUAUUUUCGAUUUUGGUGGACUCAGCUUCAGCGGUGGUGUCGUCACUAUGUAUCUGUGGCGGAGUAUCUACUUCGCUCAAAGUGUCAGCUUCCGCACCCGGUGUAUGCUGGCCAUGGACUGGGCUAAGCGUGCGCUUUUCGGAAGAGAUCUCAUGAGUUUCUAA